CUUGAAUUUUCUGCUUUCUUUUUUCUCUUUUUCACUUCUCGUCAUGAUUCAGGGUUUGAUUUUACACCUCAGAUCCUCAUCUAAUUCCAUUAUAAUAUUGAUUUCACAAAUGGGUUUUCUUCUAUACUUCACUUUACUGUAGAUUUGUUCCACCCAAAAAAAAAAAAAAAAUCAAUUUUUUAUUUAUUUAUUUUUUCUUGUUGUUUAUUCUUCAUACUAACCCUGUCUCUAUCAUCUCCAUUAUUUUUCCCAAACCCUAGUGUCUUUAUAUGGAACCUUUACUCUUUAUCGUAUAUUCCAGUUUGGUUCAGUCUCGUGUGCUUGAUCCUUUGUUGCAGAGUGUAUUGUAGAAAGGCAUUUGGAGCUGAAAUUUUUGUUUGAUGGCUGAAUUGACCGGCCCUCGAUUGUAUAGCUGUUGCAAUUGUCGGAAUCAUGUGUCCCUUCAUGAUGAUAUAGUCUCUAAAGCUUUUCAGGGAAGACAUGGCCGAGCAUUUCUGUUCUCCCAUGCUAUGAACAUUGGUGUGGGGCCUAAGGAAGACAGGCAACUCACAACCGGUCUCCACACCGUUGCUGAUAUCCAUUGUGCAGAUUGCCGCCAGGUGUUGGGAUGGAAGUAUGAACGAGCCUACGAGGCAUCACAGAAGUACAAGGAAGGAAAGUUCAUACUCGAGAAAUCAAAGAUUGUCAAGGAAAACUGGUAACCUCCAUGAAUUGAUCUUCCACUCUAUCCCAUUUCUGAUGUAAAUCUUUCAAUGCUUCUUGUGUGACUCUGUUCAUCUUGUACAUAGAAUUUUUACCCAAUUAAAAUUUGGUAAUUGUUCAUCAAUUCUCGUUCUGUCAUAUGGAAGAUUUAUUGAACUAUCAUCUCCCAUAUCAAUAAAAUUGUGGAAUUGUCAUUUGUUCUAA